UGACGGUACAGCGUCUGAGAGAUUUGACACAUGUCAAACUACUUUCUCUCAUUUUUCAAGCUUAUUUACAAUAAUAAAUAUUAAAGCAAGGAAUUUGGAGGUUAACACCGGCGUCAUAUAUUAUUUCUCAAACUGGAAUAUUGUGAAAAUCGUGUGCUACUUUCGUUUUUGGUUGACAUUUUUCCAGUUUUCGUAACACUUCGUUAGUUGUUUAACUUUCACUUUUACUUUGCUUGCGACUAGCACUGUAAAAUAAACACAAUGAGCACCUUCGACAUUAUCACAGACAAGGAGUCUACUAUCAACCCAGCAGUGUUACAAGAAGAAGUGUACCUUCUGGACUGUCAUUAUUGUGGAACAAAAAUUUGUGACCGGGGAUUGAAGUCAUUUCUAAUUGCUGAUGAGAAAGUUGAGCUUUUCUCAACAGAUACUGUGGACAGAAGCCUGGUGGAAUUGACAGAUGAAAAGUUCAGGACAGACCGGUGUAACUGCCAGAUACAGAAUGUUGCCUGUUUACAAUGUGGAAAUGUAGUAGGGUACCAUGUGGCCAUGCCAUGUAGAUCUUGCCUCGAGUCACAGAACAAUGGGCAUUUCUGGAUGUUUAAUCGGCAAGCAAUCUGUCCCUAUCAGAGACUAAAUAUUGAAGGUACUUCCACCAUGGUUUGGGGUGACCUUACUCAAUGCAAGGAUGACAGUAUGUGUGAUAUGUGGGGUGAAUGUGAGAGAUAAAGGCUCGACAUUGUGCUACACUGACUUACCUUUGUGCUACAGUGCCAUGUCUUGGAUAAAUAUAAUUUGGUAUUCUACUUUCAUUGCUCACAUUAAACUCAAGUCGACCUAAUGCUAUAUAAAGCUUAUGUUGUACAGAGCCUUAUAUCGGAUAACACCAACUUGACAUUGUCUGUAAAGCUUCCCUUUGGAUAAGACCAAACUUGCUAAACAUUGUGCAACAGUGCCUUGCCUAAGUUGCCUUGAAGAAAAACAACUUGACAUUGUACUACUGUGCCUUGCCUUACAGUAAACAACCAAACAUUGUUCUCUGAUGCCUCAUCUUAUGCUGGAAGUGAAAGCCAGCAUUUAGUUGUUACAUGUACAUGAAUGCUUUUGUCUAGAAAAGUGAUUUGACGAAUUUGCAGAUUGCUCAUUAGCGUGCAGUCAUUACCUAAGAAUUUUGAUGUAUAAUGCAUUUAAAUAAUGGAAAAUAGUUCCAUGCAUUGGUUUACAGGCAUGCUGUAAGAUGAACAGGCGCUCGAUAGAAAUACUACAAUCUUAUAUUCUGUGAUACUUGUUUGUUUUUUUGUAUAAUAUAAUUAUUUUCUCGUUGUGUUUUAUGUUUAUAUACAUGUACAGUGGGCUGUAUACGUAAUUGUUGUUGUAAUUGUUUUUCACUUUUAUGUAGAUUAUAAUCAUAAUAAUAUAUUGUGCUGAAUAUGUGAACUGAAAUUCGAGGGAAUAAACAUUUCAGCUAAAUAGUACCGGGGUAAUAUAAAAGCAUUGCUGGACAAAUUUAGCAGAACCUCAAUAACGCAUUAUGAAGACAUAUUACGGAAAAAUCAUUUAUUUUGUACAAACUUGGCACAAUAUGAUACUGUAUCUAUAUAGCCAUUAUAGAUGUUGUUGCUAAUGUAGAUCAUUAUAAUUUAUGUUGCAAUAUGUGGAAUACUGGUAUUCUCCAGAUAAGUAGAUGAUCUUGUUACAUUGUUUGGGUGUCUUGAGAACCAAGUGGGUUUUGUAUGUCAGAGCAUACUUUUGUCUGUUGAACAGAAUAAAUAAUGAAAAUUG